AAACAUUUUUUUGUAUGAAAACACUAAUAAUCACAACUAUUUAUAUUCUUAUUUACAUGGUUAAUACUCUAAUUAAACAUUGAAUUUAUAAUAAGUAAUUAUAUAAUAAUUACUUAGUAAUAAUUUAAUAUACAACUUAGUAAUAGUAAUAAUUUAUAAGUAACUAAUAAGAAUCUUAUUUUUCAUUUAAGCCAUAGCAGUAAUGGAUUUAGACCUAAUUCAAGCACAUUGUGCUUUUAAAUUUUUAGAUAUUCGUGAAAUGAUGCAUGGUUUAGCUGAACGAAAGCAACGCAAAGAUACUGUUGCUUUAAUUCAAACUGUUUUAUUUAAACAAAUGACGUUGUUGGUGUAUAAAGCAGCAUAUGGUGUUUCUAAUGAAAAAAAAAUUGAAAAUAUAUCAGUUAAGGAUAUUAUAUUUGUGCUGAAAAAUCAUAAGCAUACUCUAAUAAGGAUGUUGAGAUAUUAUUUAUUAAAAGGAAACAUGUAUAAAUUUACGGCAGUAACCAAUAUUGAAAAAACAGAAGAAAAUUUGGAAGAAAGUAAAGCCAAAAAACCUAAAUUAGACAACAGUAAUUUAAAAGCAUUUGAUAGUGCCAAAGAAAUUGCUGAAGCAACUUCUGAUUUUGACUUCCAUGAUACAAAUGGCUUUGACCUUAUUAGCUCUUGGGUUGCAAAUAGUUCAUGUAAAAAUCAGGGUAAUAGUAAAAAACCAACUGUUUAUAAUUCUAUUAUGAAUGCUAUUGAAGAAUUAAAUAUAAAUGUAGAUUUAACAAAUGAAAAUGAUGUCCGAAAUGCUACUGAACCUCGCAAAGUUAGAGCUGAUGAAUUAGCUCUAAUAUUGUCUCCAUCAGCAUAUGAAUGUUUUCAAGUUUGUAGAACUAGAAUAUUUCAUAAUAAAAAAGGAGAAAUGCUUAUAGAAAAAGUAUGUGAAGCACUUCCUUUUAAUAUCAAGUAUAAAUCUCAAGAGCUGGAUAUACUUCUUUACCUAGCAAAAGAAACAAUUGCGACUCUAAUUGAUAGAGUCUAUCAAAAUAAAGAAAAAAUAAUAACCAAUAAACAAUAUAUAACAAAUCCAGAAAAGACUAAUAAUGAUAUACAAGUAAAAAAACCACCAAUUACUGUUGAAGAUAUUAUAGAAACUACACAAAAUAUUUGGAAACAGCCUAUUGAUUAUUUACCAGUUCCUUUAAAGGAAAAUGAUGAAUUUUUUAAGAGUGAAUUAAUUUUUGAUUAAAAAUGCUUUUGAUUUUUCAAAUUAUAUAUUUUUCUAAAUAUGUGAACUCUAAGUAGUAUUAUACUUUUAAGUAUUCUAACUAUAUAGUGAUAUACAAGAUUUGUAUUACAUUUUAAUAUGUUCUAUAGCAACAUUUUUUUUUUAAUUUAAAUUUAAAAUGUUAAAUAGAAAUGUGAUAUCUAUUAUUUCUUUAUUUUAUGUA